UGAAAUUGGAAAAUAAACUUACAUAUUUAAAUAAUAAUAUGAUCAGUAUUCAAAAGAGUAUCAACGAUAUCUUAAAAAAUAUUGAAGAUAUUGGAGCUACAAAAAUUAAAAACAUUCAUAUAUUAAGUUACAAACAAAACUAUGCCAAAUUUUUGGAUGCGGUUAAAAAAGGACAAUACCGUUUACUGAUAAAAAAUGAAUUGAAAAUGGAUGAUGAAUUCUCAGACGAGUGGAAGAAAAAUUCUGAUUUAAUAAGUGUCGUAGACGCAUUGAAAAACGAUUUUCCAUACUUGGAUUUUCAAAUUACACGUUUAUUAUAUAUUCUGAAGUCUAUUGAUAAUAAGUCUUAGUUGACAGUAAUUUAUAAAAAUUUAACUGAUAAAUAUAAACUGUAGAUAGUAGUUAUUGAGAGACUGUCAGCACAACAUAUAUUUUCUUUCUUAGACACGGGCAACAUGUUUUUCGAAACGCAUUCACGUAAAAAAAUGUUUAUACAUUUUUAAUUAUC